GCCGCCGCGGCCGUGUCCCAGUGCCGGCGCCGCGGGGCGCCUCGCUCCCCAUGGGGCCGCGGGACUGGCUGAGGACCGUGUGCUGCUGCUGCCCGUGCAGGUGCCUGGAGGAGCCCCCCGCGCCCGAGAAGGAGCCGCUGGUCAGUGAUAGCAAUCCAUAUUCUUCAUUUGGAGCAACUCUGGCGAGAGAUGAUGAAAAGAAUUUGUGGAGCAUGCCCCACGAUGUGUCCCACACAGAGGCAGACGACGACAGAAUCCUGUACAAUUUGAUAGUCGUUCGAAAUCAGCAGGCCAAAGAUUCAGAGGAGUGGCAAAAACUCAACUACGACAUCUACACGCUGCGACAGGUCCGGAGAGAAGUGAGAAAUAGAUGGAAACGCAUUUUAGAGGAUUUAGGUUUUCAAAAGGAAGCCGACUCUUUGUUGUCAGUGACGAAACUCAGCACCGUCAGUGAUUCUAAAAACACAAGGAAAGCGCGGGAGAUAUUGUUAAAACUGGCUGAAGAAACCAACAUUUUUCCAACCGGCUGGGAGCUCUCGGAGAGAUACCUCUUUGUCGUGGACCGUCUUAUUGCUCUUGAUGCAGCAGAAGAGUUCUUUAAAAUUGCCAGUCUAACUUACCCCAAGAAGCCAGGAGUCCCAAGACUGGCAGAUGGCCAGAAAGAACUGCACUACCUUCCAUUUCCAAGUCCUUAAAGGAGAGUCUAGGAGGCAGAAUCGGGAUGCCCUCCAUUGGUACUCAACAGCUAACCCAAGUUGGACAAAUGCAUAUAGAAGACAGUAAGCAAGUGGAGGGCUAGCUAAGUGAAAAAUGAUUCUAAAUCCUGUAAAAAAAAAAAAACAAAACUAAGGGUUUGGAAUAUGUGGUCUUCAAGAGGAUGUUACCGUAAGGAAUGUUCGGGUUGCGUUGAAACACACUGGUGAUCUUGUUAUCAGGGAGUUGGUCAGUGGAUCUUUCCCCCUGGCUGAUUGGAUUUCAAGAGCCCACCGUCUGCAUUUUGGUUUUGGUUGUACAAUAAGCCAAUUGGGAGAAUGGGAUGUUCUAGGUAAGAAAACAAUAAGAUCGGUAGAGCUAUCAUUGAGCCCAAAUAUGGAUUACUGAAUUUUAAAUAAUUGUUAUAUAAUAUAGGCUAAUGCCAAAAUAAUACGAGGUAUUAUGUGACCUUUCUUCAAUUUGGAAGAUCUGUCAGAACCCUGCAGAUUCAGAGGCAUCAUCUUGAGUAUGAGUCAUGAUUAUUCAGAGGUUCUGAUGCAGCAGAUAAUAGAAAUAUCUAACAGUGCUGUCCAGAAGGGACUUCCAGAUAGAUCCAUCCCAGGCAGAACUUCCUUCAGCGCCAUGUCAAAAAGCUCCGUCUUCAGUGGUGGGACAUGCCUCUUAAAUUCGCAACAUUAUUAAUACCUGGUUACCUCACGUUGGCAUCUCAUCCAUUUCUAGACCACCAACCCUUGCUAUGUUAUCUGGGAUAGCAUCUCUCCACGGAAACGUUUGACCUCCACUUCCUUCUCUUCUCUUAAACCUGCUUCUGGCUUAGCGGCUGAGAGUCACAUGUGUCCAGCGUCCCGCAGUACAGACUUGCAGCUCUGCGUAUGAGGGCAGCGUUGCAUGGAAGGUCAUCGCUGGACGCUCUUCCAUUUGGAAGAGGAUUUUCAAGAUGGAGCAAUGCUGCCAGUACAGCUGCUUCUCUCCACAGACGGAGACCUCCAGCCUCGGAAGUUACUUGCCACUUAAGCAAGGAGCUUGUCAGGAAAUAAAUCAAAUCAAUAGACUUUCAGAGCCCAUCAGAUGUAUGAGUAGGUUGCUGAGAACACUGGCAAUAUUUUUACUCCUAUAGACUUUGCUCUUCUGACUUGAGGUACAAAGUAACUUGUCUUUAGUUUGUCCAGGGGAUUGUGACUCAAAAACUUGCUGACCAGCUCUUUUGGUAGUGUACGCAAUGUUUGAAAUAUUUCUUAGAGGAGAUACAUGUUCUCCAUUUAUUAAUGCACUGCAGACCAAUUUAACUGACAUGUUUCAGGAAGAUUCUUUCUAGUAUAGUGAGCAAGCGAAAAGUUUUAUUUUUUAUAUUUAAUGCGUAACCUCUACUCUCUCUCAUGUUGUUUCAAGUUAGCUUGCAGAAAUUUCCCUCACUUCUGUAGGCUCUUGAGAGAUAAACGUACAAAUAGUGAAACAAGUAAAUAAAAACAAAGCAAACAAAAAAUAAACAAUAAAUCUUUGAAAAUUG